GGGGUAAAAAAAAUUAAUUCAGUUAGUGAUCCUGAAAAAUGUCAUUGAAACUGAUCGUGUUGGCUGCACUGUUGGUUGUCGUUACCCCAACGCCCACUUCCCUGUUUGGCCCAGGGUUGGGUUUAGGGCUCGGCACUAGUCUAGGAAAACCAUGGUGGUCCGGAUGGUGCCGACACGACGGAAGUGUGAGGAAGGGUUCCCAUUCCAGCUGGAAGAUUGGCGGAGGUGGCUUCCUUAAUGACGACUACAAAUACCAAGUGGGCGACAACGUACUUCAUCCUUUCGGUUUCUUGGCUAAGGGAGUAACCAAUGUCGCCGGUGAUGCGGCGGCCAUUUUGACUGACAUCGCCCAUUUAAAGUUCCCCGGCACCUUCGAUGACACCAUUGACGUCGUCAUCAAUGUGGCACGUGCGGCAAGGGGCAUCAUUAACGUUUUAAUUCCAACCCUUGGAACACUUUUUGGAAGUAUCAUCAUCGCUAUUGCCAAGAUUGUCAUCUGUGUUCUCGGAUCCAGUUCUUCAGGAUCAGUACUUGGUGGCCAAACAACAGCCUUAGGCUACGUUCCAGCGAUAUGCCGCAAGGAUUAUGGACACAAAUGGGGCUGGUCUCACUACACCGGUGGCUAUGCCAGCGCCGAAGACGUCCUCAAGUUCUACAACCUUGUAAAAGUUCGUUCCCAAAUCGACGUCAUCGUUGCAAAGUAUACGAAUGGAAAAGGCAUCAGUUCUCUAGCAGGUGCUGAUAGAAUCGUUGUGGAGUUAGCAGACGAAUUGGGAGCUUUGAUUGAUAGUAACAACGGUAAAUGGAGUCGUGAGGAUAUUAUUUCCAUUUUCGUCAAGGUUUCCACGGUCAUUGGUGUGGUCGGUAACAGUUACUCUAGCGGACUUGGUGCGGAUCUCGUCGAUUCCAUAAUCGCUUACGCUGAAAGCAGUUUCAAGGCGCAAGGAUAUUCUGACCUGGUUUCUUUGGGAGUGGAGAUUAAGAAGAGAAUUUCUGCAUGCGGACGUUAUAACUUCAAUGGUGCCCUAAAAUGGGACUCUGAGUCAAACAACAGCAGUGAUUCCAGUGAAGAGUCUGACAACAAUUCCAGCAGCUCAAACAACUCGAGCAACAACUCUAACAAUAGCUCCAACAACAGUUCAAACAAUUCAAGCAGUUCGAACAAUAAUUCUAACAACAGUUCAAACAACAAUUCCAACAGUAAUUCAAACGAUUCCAGCUCCAACAAUUCGAGCAACAACUCUAACGAUAACUCUAACAGUAGUUCAAACAAUUCAAGCAGUUCAAACAACUCAGGCAGUUCAAAUAACAAUUCCAGCUCUAACAACCAUUCCAAUAGUAGUUCAAACAAUUCCAGCUCUAACAACAAUUCCAACAGUAGUUCAAACAAUUCCAGCUCUAACAACAAUUCCAACAGUAGUUCAAACAAUUCCAGUUCUAACAAUAAUUCUAACAGUAGUUCAAACAAUUCAAGUGGCUCUAAUAAUAAUUCAAACAGUAGUUCUAAUAAUUCAAGCUCAAGCAACAACUCUAGCAAUAAUUCCAACAGUGGUUCGAAUAACUCGAGCAGUUCCAGCUCCAACAAUCAUUCCAACAGCGGUUCGAAUAACUCAAGCAGUUCCAGCUCCAACAAUAAUUCCAACAGCGGUUCGAAUAACUCAAGCAGUUCAAGCUCCAACAAUAAUUCCAACAGCGGUUCGAAUAAUUCAAGUAGUUCAAGCUCUAACAAUAAUUCCAAUAGUAGUUCGAAUAACUCAAGCAAUUCAAGCUCAAACAACAACUCUAGCAAUAAUUCUAACUCUAGCAGUAACUCCAACAGCGGUUCUGACAGUUCAAACAACUCAAGCGGUAGCUCUAAUAACAGUUCCAACGGUAAUUCAAAUAACUCGAGCAGUUCCAACUCAAGUAACUCUGGCAGUAAUUCAAGUACCUCAGGAAACUCAAGCUCAAACAGCAAUUCCAAUAAUCAUUCGGGCAGCAACUCAAAUAGUAGUUCCAAUAACUCAAGCGGUUCCAACUCUAACAAUAGCUCUAGCAGCAAUUUAAAUAACUCAAACAACUCAAGCAGCAGCUCUAAUAAUAAUUCAAGCAGCAAUUCAAAUAACUCGAGCAGCUCUAAUAAUAGUUCUAGCAGCAAUGCAAAUAACUCGAGCAGUUCCAACAACAGUUCUAGUAGCAACGCAAAUAACUCGAGCAGUUCCAACAACAGUUCUAGUAGCAACGCAAAUAACUCGAGCAGUUCCAACAACAGUUCUAGUAGCAACGCAAAUAACUCGAGCAGUUCCAACAGCAAUGCAAAUAACUCGAGCAGUUCCAACAACAGUUCUAGUAGCAACGCAAAUAACUCGAGCAGUUCCAACAGCAAUGCAAAUAACUCGAGCAGUUCCAACAACAGUUCCAGCAGCAAUUCAAACAACUCGAAUAGUUCCAACUCCAGUAGCGCUAAUAACAAUUCCAGCAGCAAUUCAAGUGACUCAAGCAAUUCAAGCAACAAUUCUAGCAGCAACUCAAGCAACUCUAGCUCAAGCAAUAGCGCUAACAAUUCCAGUAGUAAUUCUAGCAAUUCUAGCUCAAGCAACAACGCUAACAAUUCCAGCAGCAAUUCUAGUUCAAGCAACAGCGCUAACAAUUCCAGCAGCAAUUCUAGCUCAAGCAACAGCGCUAACAAUUCUAGCAGCAACUCAAGUAACUCAAAUAAUUCUAGUAGCAGCUCCAAUAAUAGUUCCAGUUCUAACAACAGUUCCAGCUCUAACAAUAGUUCCAGUUCUAACAAUAGUUCCAGCUCUAAUAACAGUUCUAGUUCUAACAGCAGUUCUAAUAAUAGUAGCAGCUCUAAGAAUAGUUCUAGCAGUAAUUCAAGUAGCUCGAACCAUGCAAGCUCCAAGGGCGAAUCAAGCGAAAGUUCUAGUCACAGUUUCAAGUCGGGAGGAUGUUAGUUAUGCUAACUUAUUGAUUACAGCUCGUCGAGUAAAGAAUCAUGAAACGGCUUUUAUUAAACGAUAAAUGUACUUUAUAAAUAAUUAAUUAUUCAAAAUUAAACUCUUGUAAAUUAAAGAUUGUUUAUGUAAACCUCUUUUACAAAUUGUUGUUAAUAAAUAUUCGUUGCAGUUUA